AAAUCAAUAGAACUACUUAACUUCACAUGUUUCCUUUAGUGCCAUUUAUAUAAUAAAGCCAUUUACUGGGAAAAAGCACAAAUGUACAAAGCCAUCAGUCCUUGUUGGGUUUCUGUUUCUGGCCUUGCAAGCACUAUUGGAGUAUCUGCACAGGGUAACAUGGGAAGGUCAUUGUUGUGGGCUGCUCUUGAAAUCAUCAGGAAAUUUCAAUCAGUUCAAAGCUCUCUGGCAUUAGUAAGGUAUUAACAAUUCAACAGUCAUGAGAUUCUUAUAUCUCUACCCAGGGCUCCAGAUAUGUUUCCAGGUUCAGUUCUAACUUUGACAUCCAGCUCAGAAUAAAUUCUAGUUAUUUGCUUUCCCAUAUGUUCCUCUUUAGAUAUUAGUUCAGUAGAUGAUGGUCAGCUCCCAGUUUUCUUACUGUCUGACGCGCAAGGGCUACACAGUUGUGGCACUGACGCUACCUGUGGAACUCCCAGCUUGUGGGAGCCAAUUCUCCCAGCCAAUUCUCUAGGCAACAUUGUGAGCAUCGCCAUCUGGUGGCUGCUAGUGGCACUGAUCCUGAUGGUUUGCUUCUUCUGUGCCCGUUUAGAAUUGCAGCUUAGCUGUUCGGAUUUUGUUCCAUGAGUCUUUUUUUUAGUUUUCCAACAGAAUGCAAUCAUUCCUCUGGCUGCUGUUAAUAGGUACCAACAUCGUUGAGCUUCUUAGGAGGAUUUCCUGGCAAAACGCCAAGUAACAUUGUUUUAGCAAUAAAGGAAAAUGUUUGUUUAAUUAUUUUGAGGCUGUUGACACUUUUCCAAGUUAAUAACAUCCCAUUAAACCUUUGCGAAAGGAACAAGCCAUUCCCCCCUCGGGGAGGUUGGCAGCCUUAACGUAACUCACGAUUGCUUCCUCUUUAAGACGAAGCACACUGCCUUCCCGCAAGAAGCGCGGGGUCUUUCGGGAAGCCGAGUUCUGCUCUGCGGCACCCUCUCGUUCCCUCUUCUACGGAUCAAUGUGCUUCACUGCAAUUCCCAGAAUGCAGCAUUCGAAAGAGUUCUCAGUUAAAGGGCCGGCCGCGCAGGAGGGGGUUGUCGUGGCAUAUGCAAGAGGUAACCAAUGGUAGUGGGCUCUUCAUAAACUGAUCUUAUACAGGGUUACUCAGAACUUGUGAAGACUCUCUUUGUAUUUUAUUUGUAUUUCUGAGUGGGGAAACCUUUGAUGGACUCUCUUCUGACAUCCUUAACAGUCCCCCAAGGCAGAGACUGGUUUUGUGUGGAUGGCCGGAGAAGCGAUGGAAUGGACAGUCAUUGUCCUAACAUGCCAGUAUAAGGACAGUGUCUUUGCCUUCCACAGAGAGCUCGAGGUCCGUCGGGAUCGGGGCACUCUGGGCCAGCGCCCCAUCUUGCUCACUGUUGAAGACCCCAAGGUCCAGGUUGGCAGUGGAGGGGCCACCCUCAAUGCUCUCCUUGUGGCAGCUGAGCAUCUGAGUGCUCGAGCCGGCUAUACGGUAGUCACAUCUGAUGUCUUGCAAAAGGCCCGGAUACUCAUCCUGCACAUGGGCCGGGACUUCUUGUUUGAUGACUGCAGCCGAGCAUUCACCUGUCUCCCCAUUGAGGAUCCUGCUGCCCCCAUUGAGGCACUCACCUGCAACCUGGACAGCCUGCUGGCUACCUUGACAUACCAGGUGUGCAAGGGAUCCCCGCCAGGUGUGUGGGUUUGCAGUACUGAUAUGCUUCUCUCGAUGCCUGCCUCAGCUGAGAUUGAUUGGGUUGGAUUUCGGGGUGCUAGAGUCAUUGCCGUGCCUGGAAGCAUCUCCUAUGCCCGGAAGCAUGGAGUCUACCUUGCCAAUGCUCAGGGAGUUGUGCAAGAUAUUCUCUACCAAUGCCCUGAAGAUCAGAUUCAGCAGUGCAUGGGAUUAGAUGGAAAAGUCCCAUUGGUCUGUGGAGUUGUCUUCUUCUCUGCAGAGACAGCAGAACAGCUUCUGGCUACCCACGUGGUUCCCCCCCUUGAUGCCUGCACCUACUUGGGCUUGGACUCUGGAGCACCACCCAUUCAGCUGUCCCUGUUCUUCGACAUCCUGUUGUGCAUGGCCCAGGGGGUGGCUGAAGAAGCCUUCGUGAAAGGCCAGAGCCCAGGAAUGGGCAGUGGAGAUACCCAGAAUGCAUCAGUGAUCAAGAACGCCCGAUCCGUGCUGUGGAAGGCACUCCAUACAGUCCCGCUCACUAUGGCGUACAUUCCUGGUGGAAGCUACAGCUACAUGAGCAUGUCAUCCAGUGACCAUAUCCUCCACUUAACAGCCCACGAUGGCAUGGCUCACAGCCAGUCCUUCUGCAAAGUGGCCCAUUCUGAUGUGGCUGAGCCACAACUCUUGGAAGAGGGCUGCUCGGUUACUAACAGCCUGCUCGAAGGAGCAGUGUCCUUGGGGCCAGGAAGUGCUAUUCAGCACUGUUGUUUGAAGGGUCCCUUGCAGAUCCGCUCUGGUUGUCUCCUCACUGGCCUGGAUGUGGCAUCCUCUGAGGACCUCAAGAGCCACGUGCUUGAGGAUGUGGUUGUUCAGGGACACGCUAUCAAACUGAGAAACAUUCCUUGCAAAGUGUUCACCUUGAGUGGGCGGCAUGACAACUGGCAGAGUCCUGCAGAGGAAAACGGCACCUACCUGAACAUGCCAUGGGAGGAGUUGUUCCGCAGGACAGGAAUACGAAACCAGGACCUUUGGAGCUCAGACACCCUCUCAAGCAGGUGCUGCCUGCUGAAUGCCCGCCUCUUUCCUGUGCUACAUGCCUCUGAACUGCUGGGCCUUGGGGACAUCAUGUGGCUCUUGGGUCCCCCCGGGGCUGGUCAACUGCAGCGCUGGCGAACUUCGUGGCGGAUGUCCUGGGAGGAGCUGCGGACCUGCCUGGACCAGGAGAAGGAGCUGGCCUCCCGCAAAGACCUCUUCUUCCUGCAGGCUCAGAGCAAGAUCCGAAAGGUUUUGACAGGGCACAGUGGCUGCAGCCUACUGCCACUGAUCCGCUCAGCUGUCAUUGAGGGCUACCAGGAGGCCUUGCUGAAGACAUUGGAUGAGGUUGCUUCCACAGCCAGUGAUCCUGGAGUAGCUGCUCGGACUCUCGCCUGCAUUGCUGAUGUGCUGGCCUGCAUGGCUAAAGGAGAAGGAGGCUUGCGGAGUGGCCCAGCGGCCAACAAGGCCUGGGCCCCAGCCUUCCAGCAGCUGGAGAAAGGCAACAUCUCUGAGGGCAUGAAGGAGCUUGCUAAGGAGAGGAAAAAAUGGCUGAGCAGGCCCGUCCUGCUGGUCCGCGCUGCUCGACAUUACGAAGGGGCGGAGCAGAUUCUCAUCCGCCAGGCGGUGAUGUCUUCAUGCCAAUUCAUCAGCGUCCAGCCAGUGGAGCUUCCUACCGUGGGCCGCUGGGUACUGGUGGAGUGUCCUGCCAGGAUAGACCUCUCUGGUGGCUGGAGCGACACGCCUCCGAUUACGUAUGAACAUGGUGGGGCUGUGGUGGAUGUUGCCAUCUUGGUAGACGGACACAGGCCUAUCGGUGCUCAGGCCCGGCGCAUUGCUGAGCCGGAGCUGCGGCUGGUUAGUGCCAGUGGUGGCGGGCUGGAAGGAGAGGUGGUGGUGAAGCUGGUGUGUCGGCACCUGGAGGACCUACAAGAUCACUGCCAGCCUCAUGCCCCAGGUGCCUUGCUGAAAGCCGCAUUCAUUUGCACCCAGAUUGUCACUCUCCAUUCCCAGAGGACCUUGCAAGAGCAGCUGGAGGAAUGCUUUGGAGGCGGGUUCGAACUUCGAACAUGGUCUCAUCUGCCUCACGGAUCAGGGUUGGGCACUAGCAGUAUCCUGGCAGGUGCUGUGAUAGCCGCAUUGUACAGAGUGUCGGGACACUCUACCAGCACUGAGUCCCUCAUUCAUGCAGUGUUACACCUGGAGCAAGUGCUUACCACAGGGGGUGGAUGGCAGGACCAGGUUGGUGGGCUGGUGCCAGGCCUUAAGAUUGGACGUUCGGAGGCCCGGCUACCGUUGAAGGUGGAGGUGGAACAGAUUGCAGUUCCUGAGGGUUUCAGGUGCAUCCUGAAUGAGCACUUGCUCCUACUGUACACGGGGAAGAUGCGCCUUGCCCGCAACCUGCUCCAGGAUGUUCUAAGGAACUGGUACGCCAGACUGCCCGCCAUUGUCCAGAAUGCCAAUGCGCUUGUGAGCAAUGCAGAGGAGUGUGCCCGGGCCCUUCAACAAGGGAACCUGGCUCUCCUGGGCAAAUGCAUGAGCAAUUACAGGCUGCAGAAGAAGGUCAUGGCCCCUGGGUGUGAGCCUUUGGUUGUCCAGCGCAUGAUGGAGGCGCUCCAGCCUCAUGUCUAUGGGCAGAGUCUGGCUGGUGCUGGAGGUGGUGGUUUUCUCUGCAUCUUAACAAAGCAGCCAAGGAUGCAGGAGGCAUUGCAAAGGGUCCUGGCAAAAACAGAGGGGCUGGGAAACUUCAGCAUCCACACAGUUGAAGUGGAUGCAGCUGGUUUCCAGAUGCAGCUUUUGGAAGAGGACCUCUCAUCCGUGGAGCAGUAGGCACUGCAGCUGCGGACACUUCUUGCACCUCUACCAGUGCCCCCAUUAUAUUUGACUUGAACGGCAGCCCUUGGAAGAGGAAGAGAGAUGCUUGCAAAGGAUGCUACCAUCAAAUCCACACACCCCACCUCCAAUAAAAUUAUUAGGCUCAGUCUGGAUGUGAUGAACCACAGUUGCCUCUCUCCAUCUUUCUGCCCCAUUGAAGGUGAGAAUCUCUAGACGUGGCUCAGGAAUUUACCUGGGAUUGACUGAAGGUCAGACACUACUGGCUUGAAGCUGUUGUCCAAAGUUGUUGAGGUGGCCUCUGAAGUUUUCCAAGUUUGCUGAAGCAGUGCUUCUGAUGACUUAGCUAUUUUCAAGUACCAUCAACUCAGUGGUUCUUCCUAAUGCCGCAACCCUUUAAUACAGUUCCUCAUGUUGUGGUGACCCCUAACCCUAACAUUUAUCCAUUUUACAGAUGGAAAAAAACUGAUGCAGAGAGUCUUAGGCGACCCCUGUGAAAGGGUCAUUUGAUCCUCAAAGGGGUCCCGACCCCCAGGUUGAGAACCACUGCAUUAACUGGUCUAUUUCCUCAUUAAGACCAUAAGCUGUAAAUAUUAAAUUUAUAAGUCCAGAAAGUCUCUCUCUUUUUUAGAAGUCAGUACACCUGCAGAGCUGACAUCUGUAGAUUUUUGAUGACUCAGAUUCUAAGCUGUUCAUCUUUAUUCUUAUUUUAUUAUAUUUUUACCCCGCAUCCCAACUGAAGAGUGAACAGUUCAAGGCUGCAAAGCGCUUCACAAGUGGAGCCUACAUCCUUUGCUGUCUGAUACAGCUUCUGUACUCACAUAUGCAUAAAGUUUUCCUUUAUGGUGUGUGAUUUAACAAUUUGAACCAAUGAGGAACACCUGGUGGCUGAAACAUAUUUGUUUUUAAAGAAUGUUUUUACUGUUUGUACUAUAUUAAAGAUUUGUUUAAUGUA